UUAUUUUUUUUAUUGAAAAUCAACCGAAUCAAAUCAAAACUCGAAUCAUUUGCUCGAAAGAAUCGAAUCAGUAGAAGUGACUCUUAGGAUCCGUCCCAAAACAGCAUACUACCGUACUGGAUAGUGUGCAUGAAGAAGUACGGGACCUGUAGUUGGCUAACGGUUCAGCAUACUGUAUAGUAGGGUAGUGUGCGGUUUGGGACGAAGCCGGAGCCCGGAGCUGUGUGUGUGUGUGUGUGUGUGUGUGUGUGUGUCUCUCUCUCCAGUUGUUGUGUGUUGAUGCUGCGAGGCGGGUCUGGAAGGGAGGAGGCGUCCUGAAAAGGUGAUUGCGGACACAGCCGACUUCAUCCUUCUAGAAGCCAGACGACCUUCACUGAGGCUCGCGCUGCUGCUCGCGCCGCUGCUCGCGCUGCUCUAUAGUUUUGUUCUGCUGGUUUAUUUCCUGCUCUGUGAUAACGACUUAUAGCUAGUGGACGAGUUCGUGCCGGUUUUGUUUUGGGUUUGUUUGUUUGUUUGUUUUGUUUUGUUUUUUUUCCCCCCUCCGGGAUGGGAGCGAGCACAUCCGCGCAGCAGGACGCCAAGAGCCCCGAGGAGGAGCGCGCCGCGGACCUGAGUGAGACCCGCGACGGCGACGAUGACCCCGAGGACGCGAAGCAGCUGCAAAAGAAUGGACAAAUCUCAAUCUCCAGCCUGAACGGGAAGACGGACGAGCAGACAGACUUUAACGGAAAAGAUGAGGAUGAUACUCUGGCUGAGGUUGGCCAGACGGAGGCCAUGCCCCAGAAAGAGGACAACGCUGAAUCAAUCGAGGUCCUCCAAGAGGAGGUCUCGCCUCAAGUUAACGGAGAGCAGGAGGAACACGAAUGUGUCACUGCAGAUGAAACUACACCCACAGAAGAGAAAGUAGCUGAGGAGAAACCAGCUGAGGAGUCCAACGAGGUGGGUUUCAAGAAGAUCUUCCGCUUUGUUGGCUUUAAGUUUACGCUGAAGAAGGACAAGAACGAGAAGACAGAGCCUGUACAGCUCCUGACAGUGAAGGAAACUGAAGAUGGUGCUUCAGAAGCUGUCGUCGAGGAAACCAAAGACGAACCCGUAAUGGCAGAAAUCCAGUCUGAGGAUGAAAAGAAAUCAGAUGCUCCAGAAAUGGAGAAAGAGGCCAGUGCUGAAGAUGCUGCAAAGACUGAACCAGAACCAGACCUUCCUGCAACUGACGCCCCGGCAGAAACCAAAUCAGACGGUGAAAGUGAAGAAACUGAAAAGACCCCAGCUGAUGAGCCAGCUGAAGAAGUGGAACCCUCUACCGAGAAAGAGAAAGAACCAGAACCACAAGCCGAAUCUCCUACAUCGCCACCAUCUCAAGAGACACAGUCCCCUUUCAGAAGAUUCUUCACUCAGGGACUCUUCUCUAACCUGCGGAAAAAGACAAGCUUCAAGAAGUCCAAAGAGGAGGAACUAGUAAAGGAGAAAUCUGCCGAGGAGGAUAUAAAUGAGGCUGAGGAGAAAGAGGAAGUGGCAGCAGGAGGGGAAGGACAAGUCAAGGAGGACGCAGAGGAAGUGGAAGCUGAUGAACAGGUAGAUAAAUCAGAAGCACCAGAAAAAUCUGAAGCAAGCCCAGAGGAAGCUCCAUCUGCCCCUGAGGAACAAAAGGAGGAGGAGUUGAAAGUGGAGGUUGAGACAGCAAGUGAAGCUGCACCAGUACAAGAGCCUGAAGCUGUCGAACAAACUACAACUUGUGAGGUUUCAGAGACCUCUGCUGCUGAAGAAAAAGAUGAGACCAAACCCACCGAUGAUACCAAACUUUCUGAUGACAAGGCAACUGACUCUUCUGAGGAACCGCAGACUCCUGAGAAAUCCCCUGAAGAAACAGCCACUGAAGCUGAAGUUCAGUCAUCCCAAGACAAAGCCAAGGCUCAAGGAAGUCCACUGAAAAAAUUGUUUACUGGGGCAGGGUUGAAGAAGUUAUCCUCUAAAAAGCAGAAGGGCAAAAAAGAAACCGAGUCAAAGCAAACAGAGUCCACCGAGCAGGCAGCUGAACAGAUUCAGUCAUCGACAGAGUCAGGUGAGGCUCAAAAACCUGACAGCAGCGCCUCGUCUCCAGAAGAAUCUGGUGAGCAUGUUGUAGGUGAAGAAAGUCAGGCUGAGGCCAGUGUGGAAGCUGAAGGUGAGGCACCAACCUCUGACAGUGAGAAGAAGAAAGAUGGCAUCCUUCAUUGGGCCUCUUUCAAAAAAUUAGUCACGCCAAAGAAACGUGCCAAGAGGCCAUCUGAGAGUGAAGAUGAGACCCCUGGAGACAAGCCAAAAUCAGCCACCCUGUCCUCAACAGAGAGUGCUGUCUUCGAAGAGAAAACUGAGGAGAUUAAACCAAGUGAUGAAGUAAAGGAAGAAGCAAAGGAGGAGUCACAGGUUGAGUGCAAGGCCGAGACAAAAGCUGAAAAGAUUGAACAAAGCACAGAGGAGCCAAAGAAGAAGAUUGAUACCUCAGUAUCCUGGGAAGCCCUUAUUUGUGUGGGAUCAGGUAAAAAGAGGGCCAGGAAGACUUCUGACUCUGACGAUGAUGAAACUAAGAUCGAGGAAAAGGUUCAGCAGUCUGGAGAAGAACAGGUCAAGGCUGCAGAGCCUCCUUAUGAAAGUUCACAGGAGGUUGAGCAUGAAAAUAUGUCCUCUUCUCCAGAACCAGAAGGAGAGCUUGUCUCUACAUGGGAGUCCUUCAAAAGGCUGGUGACACAACGUAAGAAACCCAAGGCAGAAGAAAAGUCUGAUGAAGCGCAGGGUCCAGAGCAGGCAACAUCCGACAGUGAACUACCCAAAGAAGAGUCAUCCUUCUCCCUUAGAAAACUAAUUCCCCGCAGAAAGAAGAAGUCUGAUGCUAAACAAGGGCAGGCGUCUUCUGACGUUGGAUCGGCAGAAGAAGACUCUGACACGCCUGCUGUGGUACCUCUGUCAGAGUAUGAUAAUGAAGAAACAAAGACAGAGGAGGCAAAGCCAGAGGUCACACCUGUCACACCUGGAAAAGCCUCAGCUGAGGACAGAUCUCCUUCUUGGAUCUCAACUACUGUGGAGAAUGUUGAAGACGAGGCAGAGGGAAAUCCACUAAGUGAUAUACCCGAAGAAGGAGAUACAGCUGCUACACCUAAAUCAACUGAUAACACCAUUGCGGAGGACAUCAUAGAGUGUACUUCAGAAGCCGUCACUGCCAUUGAGCCGGCAGAGGAAACUGAAAUGGUUUCUGCUCUAUCGCGCAUCACAGAGUCACCUGUUACAUCUGGUGAGACUUCACCAGUUCCAGAUGAUGGUGUGGUGAAGAAGGCUGAAGCCAUUUUACAAGAGGCUGUGGAAACUAUCAGUAUUACAUCGAGUGCAGUGGCUGUCACAGUAACAGAGGAGCAGAAAAAAAGUAUGGCCGUCACAACAAGCCCAUUCCAGAUUGAGUCAGCCAUUAAGGAGGAGAAAGUGGUCUUGGCUGUUCAUGAGAAAAGUGAAGCAGUAGCCAUCUGCACUGGCAUCGACACCAGUGAAAUUAAAGCUAUAGAAGAAGAGAGUCAUUUGAAGGCUACGGUGGAAGCUGUCACCACUGUCGGCGAGGCACUGUCCGUAGAGGUGGCUGCUGAGGACCAAACUUUAAAAGCAGAAGCUGAACUGGCCGAAGACAAAGUUUUUAUGGCACAGGUUAACGAAAUUCACACUGAGUGCAAAGAACAGCCUCCAGCCUCUGUGGAAAACACUGUGCUGGAGACUUUAGAUAUUCCGACUACGGGAGAGUUCCAGGAACCAACAGCAGUCAAAGUGGCGGUGGUCACGGCCAUUCAACAGGAGAUAGAGAUUCUUGAGGAACAAGUAGUGGCAGAAAACACUCCAAAGGGGUUGGCAGAGAGCCCUGUAGAACCAAGCGUAGAACAGCCAGUCUGUGCUCAGACAGUGGAGAUCACUGAAGUUACUGCUGCUGAAGGGGAAGUAGAGGAACUAAAAGAUGUUAAAGAAUCCGUUGCCAUUGCUGAGGUAGAAUCUGUAGAAGUAGCAGUGGCUCUGUCAGAAGAAGUUACAACAUCACUUCCAGAUACCCUUGUAGCUGAGACAACCGUGUCUCAGGAAGAUCCCAUCCCUGUCCUGGCUGCAACAGAGGAGCCUGCAUUGACAGAAGAGAUUGUCUGUGUUUGCCCACCCUCAGAAUCUAAAACAGAAGCCGAGGUAAAGGCUGAGGUUGUUAUGGAGAGCGUUUUAACCACUCAAGUCCACGUUACCACAAAUGUUGAGGUUGUCUCAGCGAGCGUUUCUGUUGAAGGAAACACUGAAGUUACGUCAUCAAAUGUCAGUCCUGUGAUUGAUGAAGCAUGUAAGAAAGAUCAGGAAGAAGUGGAAGCAAUACACCUGAAGGAAGUAGAAACCAUUCAGGAACAGAGCACGGUCAUCGUCCAGGAAGUCCUUCAAAAUGUCGUCGAGAACCUCACGACAUGUGAAAUUCACAUUGGAAAAGAGUUAGAAGAGAAGCCUGUGGAGGAGACUGACACAGCAAAACCUGAAGAGGUCCCGUCUGCAGCUGAGAAGGAAAAAUCAUCACAAGAUGCACCAGCUGCAGAAGAAAAAUCUACAGUGGAUACACACGUUCAGGAAGAAGCGAAGCCAGAGACUGAGAACAAAGCUGAAGAAGAACCGACCCAGAUCAUUACUGAGAGAUUGCCAGUCAGUGAAGCUAUUCAGAUUUCUGAAAUAGUUCUGGUUGAUAUGACAGAAGAAAUUAAAGCUCAGGAGGAAGAGGUGUCCUCAUUCUCUGUGGAAGCAACACAACUAUGUACAGAUGUAGCAAAGCAGGAAGUGGAAUUGGAGGAAGGUGAACAGAAGGUAGAGGAAGACAAAACCACAGAAAGGGCGGAUGGUAAAUGUCAAGUUGAGAAAGAUCAAAAUGAAGAACCGAGUGGAACCACGGAGACAACAGCUCCACUGGAGAGCAGUCAAACGCAAACCGUCACUCUCGUAAGCACAAAGCAUGCCCAGAUUAUCGCGGAGGAGAGCGAGCAGAUCGAAGACACGAAGAUCGAGACGACGAUGGAGAUCGAUGUUGGCAUCAUGCAUGUGGUGGACGCGGAUGAAAGACCGACGCACGACACCGAAAUUGCCGUGAAAGAAGACAGCACCAAGAGUCAGGAGCCAUCAAAAGAUGUGCCUCAAACAGACUUGGAAGAGGUACAAAAGUAUAUUUCAGCACCAGACAUGAAAGGCCAGGAGGGGUCUGGAGAUGCCGACUGUCAAAAGACAGAUGCUGAAGCCAGUGGGGUGAAAACGGCUGCUGAGGACGCGCCAAAAGCCACUAAAGAAGAGGACGUGGAGAAGGAGAUCGACACCAUCACCACAAAGACUGCUACAGAGUCAUGAGCUGGCUGCACGUAUCAGGUCGUCGUUCGGGAAGCUCUAGAGAAGAUACAAGAGCAGAAGAACGAUCCAGAGCCUCAUCCACCCAUCCCAUAACAUCUAUUCAUUCACGACGUCUGUGUUCUAGCCCACUUUGAGAACGUUCUCUCCACAGCAUCACACCAUGACAUGACUCAAGAUGGGUUCAGAUGUUACUCGUCUGUAUUUGUUUUCAUUUUUUUCUGGCAUUUUAUUCUCACAUAGAGGGUGUCACUGUGUCCUGAAGGGCUGCUGUCGGAUGGGGAGAAAUGUGCGUGUAUGUGUGUGUGUGUGUGUGUGUGUGUGUGUGUGUGUGUGAGAUCUUAUCUUAUAUUAUAUCGUAUUUAUAUCUAAAAUAUUCCGUCAUCCCAACCUUGUCCUAAACAGCCUGGAAAUUAAUGACGCCACCCAGGUGUCCCAAGGUUGUUGUUUUUUUUUGUUUUUUUUUUACAAAACAUGGUACACGUGUGCAGUUAAACGUCCGAGUGUUUACGAGAGCCAGCAUAAUCAUUUCCAUUCCUACUGUGCAUAUAUAUAUAUAUAUAUAUAUAUAUAUAUAUAUAUAUAUAUGUGUGUGUACACACACACCCUGCUUAAUUUCUCGACUGUGAAUUUUUCUAAGUUCUCCCGUGUUUGAGAAGCACAUGCUCUCAGUAAAACACUGCUUUCACCUUUAAUAUAAUACGUGAAUGAAUGAAUUGAUUUUUGGUAAUAAAUGACAACACAAUUCGACAGCACUGCUCAGUGGCACGUGAAGUCCAGUACGUAUUCUUUUACUGUUUUUAAGUUGUUAUUAUAGAUCUUCAGAAGGUAUUUCCGAGUGCACUGGCGCCAUCUACAGGAAGCCAGCUUUUUAUCAAAUUAAUUUGCAUUCACAAUUUAUGUUAGAUUUGUUUUUGUUUUUUUACAAACAUUGUUCAUAUUGCGCUAAAAGCAUUUGUAUUUUUCAUCUGUGUAUCAUAGACUAACAAUAUUACUCCUUCCGAUGAUGAUCACCUUUAAUAACAAUUUAUUCACAAUUGACUUUUUUUUUUUUUUUGGAAACCACAAUCAUUUAGUGCUCAGAGGCAUGAGAUCUGAUCUGAGCAGAGUGGAGAUUUGCAAUCGGCGUGUACAUGCAAAGCAUCGCAUCGUCCUUUCGUUUAAUUCUUUAAUGUAACCUUUGUGAUCCUGCUGAUGAUAAAAUGCAAUAUACCGUGUCUCAGUGAUGCAGCAGUGACUAUCAGUGUUAGCGUGCUGGAGGCAAAUUAGAGGAUGUGAGAAUCCCUUGCAAAGACGCUUUAUUUUGAUAAAAUAGGAAAGAAAAAAACAAAACAAAAAACAAAGAAUGUUCUUCUAUCAUCACGGCUUGUAUGAAUCCCCCCAGGUCGCAUCCUUGUUCUCGGCUUUUUAUAAAAUAAAUAUUACUGUGAAGCUCCUUACAUUUGUACAAAUUGUAUACCUACGUAUCUUGCGUCAUACUGUAAUAUUAAAUAACCAAUGAGAGCAUUAGACGAUGUUAUGUAGCAUGAUCUGUUUUUUUUUUUUACUUAUUAUUAUUAUUAUUAUUAUUCAUCAAGCUGUUAAUAGUAUGGAUACAGAACCAUGUCUAUAUUUCAUUUAAAUAAAAGUUAGUGCUGUAAAGCGA